CAACGCACACACUGCGCGGUGCGAAGUUUUUUGUGGAGGUCACAGACGCUGCCUGCAGGGAGUUGGAAUUCGCUGCUCUGAAAUAUAUUAGUUGAAGUUGCCAGCCACUUCACCUCACAUGCUAUUCACAAAAUACAGUACAUCUCUGCGUUGUUGACUUAAAAUAUAUAUAUAUAAUUUUAGCAAAAUAUUAGGUUGCAGGAUUGUGCAAACGUUUUUUUCGCGACUUUAUUCGACCGUUCCAAGACAAUACAGAAAACGGUCGGAGUUCCGACGUUUUCUCCAGGCAGGAAUAGGCACAUUUGGAGUAAACUAAAAUGCCUUGAGGUUUGCUGGUUUACUGAAACGGAUAAACAACUAAACUAUGUUGUAUUCGAACUGAAAUUCUUAGUUUUAAAACAUUGUUGGAAGGUAGAAAGAGAGACCGCACCAUACUCCGCAGUCAAUGUCCAUUACGCGUGGCUUCGCCGCGCCACUCUAUUUGAACUCGGAAAAAUAUCGAUGUUUUUUCGGGAGUUGUGACUUGAAGGCAUCAAAGGAAUCGGACAUUUAAUUCGUAUCCUACCUCCUCGAGGGUAGUUGCACAAGGAUCAGAAACGCAGUUCCCCACCUGAAGAGUUGAUGGUUGUGGGUUGAUCUGUUGGAGCGCCGUCUACAGCCAACCCUGUACCAGUUGCCCUUGCCAUUCCAGUACUGUACCAGUUAAGCUAUACCAGUGCCAUUAUGUUGUUGUCUCGCUGGUAUCUGCUGCUACUCUGGUCUCUACUGGUUCUACUGGUCCAGUCCCCCCUAACCCAGUCCAGACCAGCUGCUUCCCUCAGUGACACCGACAGUGACACAGCUGACAUGCUUACAUCGUCGGAGGAUGAGGAUGAUGACGAAGAGUCUUCCUCAGAGGAAAAUAAACUGUACAACAACCAGAAGCUCCAACCGAUGGCUCCUCGUUGGGUGACUCCAGACAAGAUGGAAAAGAGGCUCCAUGCCGUUCCUGCCAGUAAGACUGUUAAAUUCCGUUGCCAGGCGACUGGUAAUCCCACUCCAACUUUGCGGUGGUACAGGAAUGGAAAAGAGUUCAGGAGAGACCAGCGGAUUGGAGGCUUCAAGCUCAGAGACCACAUGUGGACUAUAAUAAUGGAGUCUGUGGUUCCGUCUGAUAAAGGCAACUACACAUGUCUGGUGGAGAACAAGCAUGGCAGCCUCACACACACCUACCAGCUGGACGUAGUGGAACGUUCCCCUCACAGGCCCAUCCUCCAGGCAGGCCUGCCAGCUAAUCGUACGGCAGUGGUGGGUAGUGACGUGGAGUUUGUCUGUCGAGUGUUCAGUGACCCUCAGCCCCACAUCCAGUGGCUCAAACGCAUCACCAUUAACGGCAGCAGAGUGGGGACAGACGGAUUACCCUACGUACGUGUACUGAAGACUGCAGGGUUUAACACCACAGACAGGGAGAUGGAGGUGUUUACUCUGAGGAACGUGUCUGUGGAGGAUGAGGGAGAGUACACCUGUCUGGCAGGAAACUCUAUUGGAAUGUCUCACCACUCUGCCUGGCUCAGCGUGAUCAAAGACGUGCCCCCCUCCCCCGUCCCGUCUCAGGCCUACCUGCAGAUUUUCAUCUACUGUGUCGGCUUCUUCAUCAUCAUGCUCCUAAUCGCCAUAGCGACCGCCUGCCGAUUACGCUGCUCCCCGAAGAAGAGUGACUUCAGUAGCCAGCUGGCUGUUCAUAAACUGGCGAAGAGCAUUCCCCUACGCAGACAGGUGUCAGUAGACUCCUCCUCCUCUCUGCAGUCUGGCGUGUGUCUGGUCAGACCCUACCGCCUCUCCAGUGGAGCCACGCCCAACCUGGCCGGCGUGUCAGAAUAUGAGCUGCCUGCGGACCCGCUCUGGGAGCUGUCACGGGACAGGCUGUCUCUGGGCAAGCCACUGGGUGAAGGUUGUUUUGGUCAGGUGGUGCUAGCAGAGGCUGCAGGUCUGGACAGAGAAAAACCCUCCCGUCUCACCAUGGUCGCAGUGAAGAUGCUUAAAGCGGACGCCACAGAGAAGGACCUGAGUGAUCUGAUCUCUGAGAUGGAGAUGAUGAAGAUGAUCGGGAAACACAAGAAUAUCAUCAACCUGCUAGGAGCCUGCACACAGGAUGGCCCUCUCCACGUGGUGGUAGAGUAUGCAUCUCAGGGCAACCUGAGAGAGUACCUGCGGUGUCGGAGGCCUGUGGGUCUGGAGUACUGGUCUGGGCCUACCCAGGCCCCCUUGGACACGCUGGAGGUCAGGGAGCUGGUGUCUGCUGCCUAUCAGGUGGCCAGGGGCAUGGCUUACCUCGCCUCACAGAAGUGUAUCCACAGAGACUUGGCAGCCAGGAAUGUGUUGGUGACAGAGGACAAUGUGAUGAAAAUUGCAGACUUUGGGCUGGCCAGAGACAUCCACCACAUAGACUACUACAAGAAGACAACCAACGGUCGUCUGCCAGUGAAAUGGAUGGCACCGGAGGCUCUGUUCGACCGCAUCUACACACACCAGAGUGACGUGUGGUCGUUUGGUGUGUUGCUGUGGGAGAUCUUCACUCUAGGAGGCUCUCCCUACCCUGGUGUCCCCGUGGAGGAGCUGUUCAAACUGUUGAAGGAGGGACAUCGUAUGGACAGACCAGCCGCCUGCACAGAGGAGCUGUACAUGAUGAUGAGAGACUGCUGGCAUGCUGUUCAGUCUCACAGACCAACCUUCAAACAACUGGUAGAGGAUCUGGACCGCAUGCUCUCACUCAUGGCCAACCAGGAGUAUUUGGAUCUGUCCAUCCCUGCGGUCCAGUAUUCUUCAGUGGGCCCAGACACCAGCAGCUCCUCUGACUCUGUCUUCUCCCGGGAGCCGACCCACAGAGCAGAGUACUCUACCCGGAGCCCGUCCCGGACCUCCACCCUGCUCUACAACCAGCACACCCCCCCUAGGACCCCUUCUCGAACCUCUACCCUGGCCUACGACCACCAUAUUCCCUCCUGGACCCCCCCCCGGACAUCCACCCUGACCUACACCAUACCUACCCGGCACACCACCACCCGGGGACACAGCCAACGUUGAUCUACACCUCACUUUUAGUCAGUCUCUACCAUGUUCUCUGCCCCCCUCCUACCCCCAGCCCCUCCUUCCCCCAACCCCCUGGCUUCUACCCCCAGCCCCUCCUUGGUGACUGGGAGGCCUACCAGAGGGGAGGACACUACCUGAGUGCUUUAACCCCUCGUUAUCCAGUCUGCCCCGGAGCGGUUUCAUUUGACCUGCUUAGCAUUUCUGGGGAGAGGCUCAUUAACAAAGAUUAAGACAAUGGCAAAGAUAGACAGACAGAGGUCUUAUGACUCUGUUAUAACCAUGACUUUUCACAAAGACUGGGCUCUUCUGUUCUCCUCCCUAGGAGUAUACUGAACUAUUAAUAAAGGGAUACUCACACAGGAGCAAGAGGCGGAGGAGGAGGCUGCUAAACAUUAUUUUCAUCGCCAUAUUAUGCAACAAACUGCUGCUUCAUGAGUAAACCAUACAGGCUAUAAAAAGGAAAUCUUCCCAUGGGAAAACAAAUAAUUCAGUUAUUUUUUAUUUAACCUUUAUUUAACUAGGCAAGUCAGUUAAGAACACAUUCUUAUUUACAAUGACGGCCUACCAAAAGGCAAAAGGCCUCCUGCGGGGACGGGGGCUUUUUUAUAUAAAUACAGUAUAUUAUGAAUUGUGUCAUCUGAAAAUAUAUCUCCAGUGUUACUUUUUUAGAUGGCUGCUUGUUUUUAUCCCUGUCAAUGAAAGUACACCUAAGAGUGGAGUGGAUAUGAUGCUAUGUGUUCGAAUCAGAAGAAAGAAGUAGGUAAGAUGCUAUGUGUUUUAAUAAGCUAAUAUCAUACCAGCAGUGUUAGUCAGGGCUUGUCUACAGUUACAGUAUCACUCUCUAGUCUAGGCUCUAUGGACACCAGUGUUACGUUGAAGGUAAUGAUGAUGUUGUUGAUAAUGUUAACGAUAAUGUAAAUGGUUUUAAAACAGUGGCAAAUGCACUUAUCGCCAAUGGAAGUCGACCUUCCUUUACAGUGAAUGCCUUUAUUUAAAGGACUGUUAAUAAAGACGACAGUAUUACAAAA